AUGAACAAUUUCAAAUUUGUUCUGACUUUCGCGGUUUUUGGAGUUGCAAUGACAUUGGAAUGCUAUACUGGCUACACAUACUUAGCUGCACAAUCAGUUGGGACUACGAAAGAAACAUGCAAGCAUGCAACUGAUUAUUGCUAUAAUAUGACCGCUGAUAUUUCAUCCCUUAGCGAAGUAAAAGGCGGAGGAUGCUCGUCCACAAGAUGCUUCCUCGCUCGCAACAAAUGCAUUAAACAAAUUGUCGCAGGAAAACAAAUUCAAUUUUGCUGUUGUAACACUGGAGACUUGUGUAAUUCAAAAUUGACGAAUCUCGGAUUUUUUGAAAAAUCGAAACAACGAGCUAAGGAUUUGUUUGAUAUGUUGAGAGGAUAA